ACAUUUACUAAAUAAGGUAAUUUAGUAAACUAUACCUUGUAAUAUUUAUUAUUUUUCUUAAUUGGCCUGAAAUAAGUUAAAACUACACACGAAGGGAGUAGUAUUGUAUAAAAUCAGAAUAUUCCCCGUAAUUCUAGACGUAUAUACUUCGGAUGCCGGUAUUUAGUACUUCCACGAUGCAUAUAUAUAGGAGUUUUUGUUUUUAUUUUAUCAUUAUUUUCUCAUAUAUAUAGGAGCUCCUACUCUUGGUUAAUGUGAAAGUUGAGUUUUCCGAAAAGAUGGAUGUGUCAAGAAUGAGAUAUUUUGGGUGGUGCAUUCUUGUUGUUCUGGGUUUGAUUCUCAAAGAGUCAGUUUUUUGCAAUGGUGGAGUCACCAGUAGCUUUAUUAGGAAGGUUGAGAAGACAGUGGAUAUGCCUCUUCAUAGUGAUGUCUUCAAAGCCCCUCAUGGUUGUAACGCGCCUCAACAGGUUCAUAUUACACAAGGAGAUCAUGUGGGAAAGGCUGUAAUUGUUUCAUGGGUGACUGUGGAUGAACCUGGUUCGAGUACAGUCCUAUACUGGAGUGAGAAAAGCAAGCAACAAAAUAAGGCCAAGGGAAAAGUUAAGACCUACAAAUUUUAUAACUAUACAUCUGGUUACAUCCACCACUGCACUAUCAGACGUUUGAAGUUUGAUACCAAAUACUACUAUAAGAUUGGGAUUGGGCACACGGAACGAACCUUCUGGUUUACAACUCCUCCACCAGUUGGGCCCGAUGUACCCUAUACGUUUGGUCUUAUAGGGGAUCUUGGUCAGAGUUUUGAUUCAAACAAGACACUCACUCAUUAUGAAUUGAAUCCAAUUAAGGGGCAAGCAGUGUUAUUCGUAGGCGACCUAUCUUACGCUGAUAACUACCCUAAUCACGAUAAUGUAAGAUGGGAUACAUGGGGAAGGUUUGUUGAGAGAAGUACUGCUUAUCAACCUUGGAUUUGGACUGCAGGAAAUCAUGAGUUAGAUUUUGCUCCUGAAAUUGGGGAAACAAAACCGUUCAAGCCCUACACUCAUCGGUAUCAUGUCCCAUAUAAAGCAUCAAACAGCACAAGUCCACUUUGGUAUUCAAUCAAGCGAGCUUCAGCAUAUAUCAUAGUUUUAUCCUCAUAUUCAGCAUAUGGCAAAUACACUCCUCAAUAUAAAUGGCUUGAGGAAGAGCUACCAAAGGUUAACAGGACUGAGACUCCGUGGUUGAUUGUUCUAGUACAUUCCCCAUGGUAUAACAGCUACAACUAUCACUAUAUGGAAGGGGAAACCAUGAGAGUAAUGUAUGAGCCGUGGUUUGUGCAGUACAAAGUGGAUAUGGUUUUUGCGGGUCAUGUUCAUGCUUAUGAGCGAACGGAACGGAUCUCUAAUGUGGCUUACAAUGUUGUCAAUGGAGAAUGCACUCCUAUUAAAGAUCAAUCUGCUCCAAUUUAUAUAACAAUCGGCGAUGGAGGAAAUCUUGAAGGUUUAGCCACUAACAUGACAGACCCACAGCCAGCUUACUCUGCAUUCCGCGAGGCCAGUUUUGGACAUGCCACUCUUGCUAUAAAGAAUAGAACUCAUGCUUAUUAUAGUUGGCAUCGUAAUCAAGAUGGAUGUGCUGUGGAAGCUGAUAAGAUGUGGGUUAACAACCGUUUUUGGCAUCCAGUUGAUGAGUCCACAGGUGCCAAAUCAUGAUGAUAUACAUGAGAUUUCAUCUUUCUUUUCUUUCCUUUUCCUCAGCAACAUUCUGUAUUUUUUGUUGCUCUGCAACCAAUAAAUUUCAUCAUUUCAAGCUCCUGCUGCCUCAUAAUUUGUAUCUUGGGAUGUGGCAGAAGAGUUCUUGUGAGGAAAAUGAAAUAACGUUGUAAAAGAAAAUUGAAGGAUAUAUAUUUGUCCAUAGUUACUCUAUUUCUCCAAA